AUGGCUCAUUUACGAAGAAAAAACAUCCUUAAUCUUCCCGAAGCCCCCGGACUCCGAUAUUUAGAGGGCGACGGGGACCAAAAGAUUGUCGGACAAAGGUCCGGGAGUAGCAAUCCCGGACUUCAUUGGAUUUGGCGGGCCGAGGAAGACCAGAAGCUGAAAGAAGCCGUCUCUCAAAUGGGACCUCAAUACUGGGAUAUCAUCGCUCAAAAAAUUCCGGGAAGAUCUGGUGAAAGCUGUAAGCACAGAUGGUUCAACCAUCUGGACCCCCGGUUCAACCGGCAGCCGUUCACCGCCGCCGAGACGGACCGGCUGCUGGCGGCGCACGCCGCCCACGGCGGCGACUGGAAAGCCAUCGGCCGCCUCUUCCCCGGCCGGACUCACACCUUCCUCAAGAACAACUUACAGAUAGCAAUGGUCAAGAAUCACCGUGAAGAAAUUCCGGCAAACCAGGUUAACGUUGACGGCAAUCCUAUCCGGAUCUCCGUCGCCGGAAAUUUCAAUAGCGAAUAUUCCGGCGGACCAUUGGCCGUUGACAAAACCGUCGCUACUUCCGGCAAAGAAUCGGAGAGUGAAGAGACUUCGGGUGUGAGUGAGGAUGACUCAGCAGGCGGCAAUGGCAGAUUCUAUUAUUAUGACUUUCUCGGGGUGGGAUCUUCUUGA